AUGUAUUUACAUCUCUCUUUCUCUCUCUCUUUCUCUUUCUUUUUCUCUUUCCUUUUUUUUUCUUCCUUCUCUCUUUUUUCUUCCUUCUCUCUCUUUUCCUUCCUUCUCUCUUUUCCUUCCUUCUCUCUUUUCCUUCCUUCUCUCUUUUCCUUCCUUCUCUCUUUUCCUUCCUUCUCUCUUUUCCUUCCUUCUCUCUUUUCCUUCCUCUCUCUUUCCUUCCUUCUCUCUUUUCCUUCCUUCUCUCUUUUCCUUCCUUCUCUCUUUUCCUUCCUUCUCUCUUUUCCUUCCUUCUCUCUUUUCCUUCCUUCUCUCUUUUCCUUCCUUCUCUCUUUUCCUUCCUUCUCUCUUUUCCUUCCUUCUCUCUUUUCCUUCCUUCUCUCUUUUCCUUCCUUCUCUCUUUUCCUUCCUUCUCUCUUUUCCUUCCUUCUCUCUUUUCCUUCCUUCUCUCUUUCCUUCCUUCUCUCUUUUCUUCUUCCUUCCUUCUCUCUUUUCCUUCCUUCUCUCUUUUCCUUCCUUCUCUCUUUUCCUUCCUUCUCUCUUCCUUCCUUCUCCUUUUCCUUCUUCUCUUUUCCUUCCUUCUCUCUUUUCCUUUUUCUCUUUUCCUUCCUUCUCUCUUUUCCUUCCUUCUCUCUUUUCCUUCCUUCUCUCUUUUCCUUCCUUCUCUCUUUUCCUUCCUUCUCUCUUUUCCUUCCUUCUCUCUUUUCCUUCCUUCUCUCUUUUCCUUCCUUCUCUCUUUUCCUUUUAUUUUUUAUUUUUUGUUUUCCUUCUCUUUUUUUUUUUUCCCCCCUUCUCUUUUUCCCCCCACUUUUUUUUCCUUCUCUUUGA